AUGCCGGAGAACUGGGACUGGGGGCUGAUGCCUCACGACCGAGCGUCGCCGCCUGAGCUGCUUUUCGACCGCCAGGGCAUCGAGGACGGUGACCUGGCACAGAAGGUCUGGACGCCAGAUCACGCUGAUCCGGCUGACCAAGCCGGCGACCAAGCCGGCGACGAUGAGCUGCCGGAGGUGCCCGACCAAGGCGGCCAAGGGGAGCAUAACCCGCCGCCCUCGCUAGAGCAACAGGAGGAGGAGCCGGCGACGUCCGCUACGGGGCCGAUCCUCGCGGUGCCCCUGCGCACGAGGCCGCCUGCCGCCUCGGCGACUUCCGCGCCUCGAAGGAAGAAACGAGCCGGCAGUGGGUCCACGGCCGCGCUGGAGACUAGGGCCAAGAAGCAGCGCCAGCUGGGGCCCAAGAAGGUUCCCGAGGCGACCGGGGCUGCCAUAAAGUUCACCCAGGGCGGCGGCUCUCGGUCGGCUCCCCGCGUUGUGCCACCGCUCCCGCGGCAGAGGAGGGAACCGACGCCGCCGCCUUCGAUGCUUGCGCGCGCGCCGCCCGUCGUCGUCGUGCCGCCUGCGACUACGCCGCCUUCCGCGGGGGUGUCUUCUUCAGCUGCACCUCCUGCAGCGCCUGGCCGCGGCGCCCAGGGUGAGUCGGUCCACCGGCCCGGUCCGGACGAAUUGUUUCCGCGCCGCGCUCCGCUGUUGGGUCCUGCGGCCGGGGCCGGCGAGGGUGCGCCGUCUACGACCGGAGCCGGAGCCGGCGGGGCCGCGCCACCUGCGACUGGAGUCGGUGGCGCCACGCCCAGCGUCGUGGAGGGCCCGGAGGGAGCGCCUCAGGCGCCGGAGAUGACGGCCCCCACCGGUCCGACUACGUCAACUGCGCCGCCUCCGGCUUCGGAGCCGUCGAGGGAGGAGCCGGCCGGGAAGGAGCCGGCAAGGGAUGAGCCGGCACGCUCGAAGGAUGCCGGUUCCCGGGCGUUGGUGAGGACAAAGGGUCCGUCGGGGCCGCCUGAAGGCCUCCAUGUGGCGAAGGGUGCCCGGCUGCUGAGUGUGUCGUCUGCCUCCGACUCCAGCCUGGGCUCGGCCGGUACUAUGGAGAAGGCAUGGCAUCAGGCGGAUGCCUGUGAGGUGAGCAGCCGGGAGGGGCAGCCUGGCGUGGCGCCCAUGAAUAUGUUCUUCUCUGGCUUCCGCGCCAGCCUUAAGGCUAAAGCCGCUGAGACCAUCGCUCAGCUGGCAACGUUGGAGGAUGCCGACAAGCUGAAGCUGCUCGGGUUCCCGGCCUUCCCUGAGGCACAGGAGGCGGCGUUAACGGCGGCCGGCAAGGCGUGGGAGGCGCGCCGGCAGGCUACUGGGGAGCAGAGCUCGGCCUGCUUCUCCAUGGACGACUACCUGGUGUCCAUGGCCGCCCGUGUCGAUCCCAUCACGAAGCUUGGCUGGGAACUCUGGGAGGCGGCGGAGGAGCUGAUCCGGCUGCUGUGGCCGACUGAGACGCUGCCGCAGGACCUUGCCAAUCUCAUCAAAUGGCUGGAGACGGCGCCUGACCGGUUCCACGACUGGAAGGAGUCGGCUGCACGUGCCGGAGCCGAUAUGGCCCUCUCCUUCGUGCCUUCUUGGUACGACGAGGUCAACCUCGGCCAGCUGGAGUGUCGGCGGGCCGGCGUGGAAGAAAACCUUCCGAAACAUCAAGUUUUAUCGUCUCUUCCUCCCCUUCCUGAGGGCGGAGAAGUCGAAGAAAGAACCGUCGUUACUGACGACAACCAGGGCACUUCUCGUCCUGAGAGUGAAGUCACGGGUUCUCACAAAUCCGCGGCUUCCUUGGAAAAAGAGAAUGAAACCGAGGCUUCCGAGUCUUCACGUUCACUCCCUUCAGCUGCUUCCCUGAAAAAUAAGAGGAAGAGGGAGGAGCUCGAAGAUUCCGGCACCUCCAAAACGGGGAAAUCUCCUGUUAAGGAGACUUCUCCCGAAAGGGAGGAGAAAACCUUCAACCCUUACGACGAUGCUCUUCCUCCCAUGCAACAAUUUAUUCGUCUUGGUACUCAAUUUAUUGGGUACCGCGACCAUGCGAAUAGUUUGAAAGAGGCUCUCACCAAAGCCAAUAAACGCGCCGAUGAUCUUGCUCUCGAGCUGGCCAAGAGCGAAAAAGCCCGUGAAAAAGCGGAGCUAGAAUCUGCCUCAGUUGAAAGUCUUCGAAAGAGACUUCAUGACGCUGAAAAUGCUUUGAGUGAGCGCAUAUCCCAACAGAUUGCUCGUGGAGCUGGGAAAACGAGCCAAGAAUAUCAACUUGAAAAGCCCGAAGAUGAUCGCCUCCUCGACGCCCUUUCUCUUCUCGAAAUUUCUGGGGACGAGGCGCGCCAGAGCAUUUCUGAUGCCAAGGCAGCAUUUUCGUGGCUUUUCCCCUACUUCUUCCAGAAGACAGAAGAGCCCAACACUUUUGCUGCGCUCGCCAAGCGCUUCAUUCCAAAGGAAGAUCUUGGGCUUGCUCUUCGGCAAGAAAACCUCAAGAUUGGCGUUGAAGGCACCAUUGCAUUGGUUGCCGAGAGUCAACAGAGCGUCAACUGGACCAAGGUUGGUGAUGCGAAGAAUAUGGAGACAAAGAGGUGGCAGUCAAUGAUCAAGGCUGCCAAGCCCCACUCGAAGAAGAUCCUGGCCUUCCUCGGGUACAAGCCAACGCCUUCCUCCAGUUCCGCCAAACCAGAGGUCAGGUAG